ACGAGACUCAUAACGCCAUCUCUUGUCCAAGCGAUGUAACCACACAUGUCGCGUGAUACCUAUCGCAGCCAAUACGGAGCGCGAUAUGCGCCGACGUCAUCCUACGUCACGACAUAUUGUCCCCUGCUACCCAUCUAUCCUCGAUAUAUGUACACGUAGAUUAAGAUAAGCAUUCAACAUUAUAAGAAAAAGCACGUAAUUUCGGAAUUUUAUUUCACCAUCCAAGAAAGUUGACCUUCUCACCUAUACGCAACGCCUAAUCAAGAACAUUUGGUCCUUCUUCGCCAAAUAUAUCAACGAUUUCUUCGCCAAUCGUCGAGUACGAGAUGAGAGGUCGUUGAGAACCAGCACCCUUGGAAGAGAAAGCGCACAUCAACUUUCUUCUUGGACGGAAGGCGCGUAUGCAGCAGGAAGACCCCCAAGGACACACAAUUUGGGAAACUGCGGAGACCUAUAGGACGAGAACUGGACAUCCGACGAUUUUUAAACGCGCAUAUUUCGUGAACCUGUGACGAGUAUUCUUUCCGCGACCCGUAACAAGGACCCGUUUUCGCCACCACGCAGAGCGAAAUUGCAUCGGAGUCCAAAGUUCAAUCGUGAGUACUCCAGCUUUCCAUACUAAAUUUAACCAAAAUGGCACUUGAUGAUGUAGGGCCAAGCAAAUCACGCGAUAAAUCGCCAGCUAGGGCGAUCUGUGACGUCGCGAUUGAACCCCAUGUUCGCGAUUUAGUGAAAAAACGUGGCAUCAUUAAGGCUAGACUCACAAAGUUCGCAACCCACAUUCAAAGCUGUAGCGAUGAUUUAAACUCGUUAACUGAGCCUUGUAGAAUAAAUUUAAAGUUACGCAUGCAAGGAGCAGAGAGCCUGUACACCGAAUUUAAUAUUCUUCAGACUGAAAUCGAAGCAAGUGUGUUCGAAUCGAACCUUGAUGAGCAGUUAACGCAACGAGAACAGUUUGAGGAUAGUUAUUUCACUGCACAGGCGCUCGCCGAGUCUAUACUCAGUCAAUUUAAUACUACCGAUAAUAAAAGUCUCGCUGUACCGCAAGCUUCAACAAUGAAAGCAAUUAAAUUGCCCGUUUUAUCACUUCCUUCAUUUGACGGCACGUAUGAAAACUGGCUCGCUUUUAGGGAUAUUUACCUAUCACUAGUUCACAAUUCUAAGGAUCUCUGUGACAUCCAAAGGUUCCACUACCUAAAAUCUUCGCUAACAGGUAGUGCUCUGUUAGUUAUAGAAGCACUAGAACUAACGGCUAGUAACUACGCGGUGGCAUGGGAGCUCCUUCUUAAUCGCUACAAUAACAAUAGGUUAUUAAUCCACAAUCACGUCAAAGCACUAUUUUCGCUUCAGUCAGUACCUAAAGAAUCGCACAUUCUUAUCAGAAAGUUAGUUGACACAACAUUAAAAAAUUUACGCGCUUUAAAAGUCCUAGGUGAGCCUAUCUCGUCCUGGGAUACCUUAAUUAUCUAUAUCUUAGUGUCGAAGCUCGAUAAAACCACAGAACGCGAGUGGGAACAACAUAAAAGUAGCCUCACGAGCAGCGACACUCAGAUGAAGAUUAAACUGGAUGAUUUAUUGCAAUUUUUACGUAAUCGUGCAGAUAUGCUAGAAACAUUGCAGGCAUCACAUUCACAAAGUACGAGCACACGCGAUAAGCCGGAAGUGAACAAAAAACAUGUCACUCCGAACUCCACUCACAAUUAUAAUAACAACAAAGUGCACUGUAAUGUUUCUACCAACAGCAAACCGCAAAAAUCACAAGUAUCACAACACAAAUCUAAAUUCGCAUGUCCUAUGUGUCAAAUGAAUCAUCCACUUUAUUCCUGUGUCAAAUUUCUAGAUAGUAACUAUCAAACUAAACUCAAAUUCGUAACUGACAACAAGUUAUGCACUAAUUGCCUACGCGCAGGUCAUGCCGUGGAGUCAUGCGUAUUCGGCCCGUGUCGCAAGUGCAAUAAUAAACAUAAUUCGAUUAUCCAUCCUCCCAGUGAUGAGUGCGCCCGCGUCCCCGCUCCCGCUGACCUCACGGCCCCCGCGGCCGCCUCCUCUUCGGCCGCAGCUGUGUCGGUCAAUGCGCACUGUCAGCGCAUUCCUUCUCAGCGCCCGACUCUCAUGCCGGUCUUGUUGUCAACUGCGGUUAUCGACGUGAUUGAUAAAUAUAAUAAACCGCAUACUAUCGUUGCGCUCCUUGACGAUGGCGCGCAACGAUGUUUCAUUAAAGAAUCGUUACGCAACUUAUUAGAUAUACCAUUUUUACAGUCCACUCACGAAAUUAGCGGUGUAGGUCGUACUAUAACGCAGUGCACGCAAACCUGCAAUGUACAAGUAAAAUCGCGCAUAAAUACCUACACAACAAACUUACAUUGUUUUGUUUUAUCGGAAACAAAACACAUCAAUGCCAGUUGUAUAUGA